AUGGCGCACCUUACACACGAUAUUGAGUUUCCUCCACAACAAGAUCCAAUCCGCAGGCGUGCAUCCAGAAUUCUUCAUCCUUCCCCGCUAGAUUUUGGUGGAAGCAGAUUCCCAGCAAGUACCAGCAAUGACCAGUUCAGCAAUCCGCCUCUAGGAAGCAAUGGAGCAAAUCAGGAUAUACAAUUGGAGGAGACUGAAGGAGUAUCAAUGCCUGCAGUGGAUGAAGGGUCAUGUUCUGCACCGUUAGCACCUUAUGUUGGUAUGGUGUUCAACACGGUUGAGGAAGCACAAGAGUUUUACAAUGACUACGCGAAGCAGCUUGGUUUUGGUACUAGAAUAGCAUGCUCAAAGAAGACACAGAAGAAAGGAUGUGAUCAUCUGAUAAGGAGGGAGUUCGAGUGUGCUCAUGCAAGGAAGGAGAAGGUACAUGGAGAGGAGAACAAUCCCAUAGACGAUCCUGAGUUGUUUGGUGCAAUAGAUGGUGGAGUCGAAGCAUGUAACCAAGAACCAGAUUUUUUUGGGAAGAAGGAUGCUCCGAAGAGGAAAAGAAACAAGGUUAACAGGCAUGAAUGCAAGGCAAGAAUGGCAGUAGGGUUGCGGAGUGGGAAAUGGGAAGUCACUGUUUUCCAUGAGGAACACACACAUCAAUUGAUCAGUACAGAAGGGAGGACUCGGUUCUAUCGAUCACAUAGGAGAGUCCCGUAUGAAGACUACAUGUUUUUGAAGACGUUGCAUAAUCGCAAUAUACCGACCUCUCUCAUUAUGGCAACAUUGGGUGAUUUGCAUGGCCGUGUUGGAAAUCUGACCUACACGGACAAAGAUGUGGCCAACAUUCGGACUAUGUUGAGGAAGGGAGUAUCGGAGAAGGAUAUGUCUAAAACUGUUGAGUAUUUUCAGAAACUUCAAGCUGAGAGUCCACAGUUCUAUUACGAUCUGAAACGGGAUGAGAAUCAGGCUGUGAGGGGAAUUUUUUGGGUUGAUGGAAGGACACGAGAGGUGUAUAAAAAGUUCAAGGAUUGUGUCUUUUUUGAUACCACCUUCUGUACCAACCGCUAUGAUAUGCCAUUUGCACCAAUUGUGGGGAUCAACAACCACUUGCAAACAAUUAUGCUUGGAUGUGCUUUGCUUCCGGACGAAACCAGUGAUACAUUCAAGUGGGUGUUUGAAACUUGGAUGAAAGCUAUGCAUCAUGAAUAUCCUACGUGCAUAAUGACAGAUCAGGAUGUUGCAAUGCAAGUCGCAAUAGAUAAGGUGUUUCCUAAUAUAGUGCAUCGAUGUUGCCUGUGGCAUGUGCUUCGGAUUGCUAGGGAAAAGCUAGGAAGGCUGUUCAUAACACGUAAAGACUUUGAGCAGGAAUUCUUUUAUAGUAUAUAUGGAUCUGACACAAUUGAAGAAUUUGAGAUGCUAUGGCAACAAAUGGUGUUGAAGCACGAGUUGAGAGAGAAUGAGCACCUGCUUAGAAUGUGGGGUUGCAGGCAUACAUGGGCACCCGCUUUCUUCAAGAAAAACUUCUUCCCAUUCACUGGUACGACUGGUCGAUCUGAAGGACUGAACUCUUUUUUCAAGAAGCUUGUGCACCCUCAAGACUCGGUGUGGCAGUUUGUGAAGCAAUACGAGUACAUUCAGGAAACCAGGUUGGAUAGGGAGGACAAUGCAGGUUACAUUGAUGAGGGUACAACAGCACCAGUAUGGUCAAGAUACAAAAUUGAAGAGCAAGCAUCAAAAUUUUACACAAGGGCCGUAUUUGGAAAAUUCAAGGAAAUGAUGGAGCUGACGUCAGCGUUGAUCAUAAACCGGUGUGAAGGAUUUUCGAAUCAGUUUGAGCUUCGACGUAAUGAUCCGCGAGCUCUAAAAGUUCGUAUUGUCAUGAUACACACAAAUGUGCAAGAAAUACCAGCAGCCUACCUAAUGCAUCGUUGGUCGGAGGAUGCAACGAUCCGUCAAGAUCGUAGCAGGGUUUCUAAUGGCAGCAUAGUUCCGGAUACAAACACGUUGAGGUACAAUGCCCUCUGCCGCAAACCGCGGGCAUUGCUUCUCGGGCAUGCUUCGGGGAUGAGACGUACAAUCUUGUGGAUGGGUGGGCGGACCAAGUCGACGAGGUUGGUAGAAAAGCGUAGAUUGACUGGUGGUGUGCUCGAGCUGAAGCACUCGGUGAGGUGGUUCGAGAUGACAAACAAUUUGAUGAAUCCACCACGAUCAGCGAAGAAGGGCAGGCCAAAAGAUAAAGAGAAAAGGAAGAAGCCAUUGGUGGAACAUCUGCAAGAUCAAGCCAAGAAGAAAGGAGAGAAGCAACAGACGAAAAAGAAGAACAAGUACACAUGCUCUAAAUGUCGCGAGCCCACGCACACCAGGAGGCACUGCCCGGUCUUGGAGCUCGAAGAACAGAUGCAAGCUGAACAAGAGGAAAGGAUAAGACGGGAGACGGAGCUGACUCUGUGA